AUGUCAAUUUGUUUAUACCUAACCAUUCAACCAAUAGUCAACAAUCUUCCCUUACAUUCUUUUAUUAUUAAAAAAGGAGUAUCAAUUACAGUAGUUUUUAUAAUGGUUUUAAUUUAUAUUAUUAAUCCAAAUUGGUGGUUAACAAAUAUUAUUGCAAUGUGCAUUACUAUUUCAAUUCAAACGUUAUUACAUUUUGAUAAAGUUCAUGUUCCAUUGGCAUUGAUAGUAGGACUAUUUAUCUAUGAUUUAAUACGAAUUUUUAGAAAUUGUCAUAUUCCAUUUUAUGAUGGUAAAUCAGUUUUAAAAGGAUUAUCCAAAAAUUCUACAGCAUAUCGGAUACCAUUAUAUCUUGAAUUUUAUAGCAUGUUUAGUGCAGGACAUUUUAUUAUUGGAUUAGGUGAUAUUAUUUUUCCAGGAAUUUUCAUUUCAUACUUAUAUUGUAUCGACUUCUUAUUUAAAACUCGUUAUUUUCUAAUUGGUGUCAUUAGUUAUUGUUUUGGAAUAAUUGGAACAAUACUAUUGAUAUGGAAUUAUCAAAUGGGCGUACCUGCAUUACUGAGCAUAGUUCCAGCAAUGGUUAUUCUAUCACUUAUUUAUUCUAUAAAAACUAACACAUUAAGAAGUGUACUUAGUCUUUCAUUAAAAGGGGGGUUUGACUUAUUAUCUCAAAAAUUAAAAGGGUGUACUAGUACAACAGAAGAACUAACUGUUCAAAUAGAUUAA